AUUGGUUAUUACGUGGAUAUGGUUUGGAUAGUGAAAAAUCCAAACCAUGAACACCCCUGAGGAGUAGUACUAUCCAUGGUUAUCAAAAGAAGCCCCAAACGUCUCAAAUACACAGAUACAAAAACUCGCUUCAACAAGGAAGGAGGUUUGGUUUACAUUGAAGCUGAUCCAUCUGGCUCUGAUUCAUGGAAAUUGGGACCAGUUCUUAAUCUUUUGAAACAAGGUGCUGUUGGAGUCAUCCCUCAUAGUAGAGGAUUCGUUUUCAUGGAAGUGAUUCAUUUUUUGUUUCUACAUAGAUAUGCAAUAGCGUGUGACUUCGAAGGUAAUCUUGUUAAUCUCAUUCUCAACCAUGUUUUCUCCCUAAAUCACUACAUUAACCAAGGGUAUAUGUGUGUUGUGUUGCAGAAUCAAGAAUAUAGAUGCUUCAAAGGUUAGUAACACGGUUAGCUUGUCUUUAUUGAGUUGUUCUUGUGCUGCUGCCAGCCAAUUGGAUUUUUAUUCAAUAUGCUUUUUAUGUCCGGUUGCAUUUACACGUAGAGAAUGCUUGUAACUGAAUACUUGAUUUUCAGACUAAUUGUUAUGUUACAAAUCUAUUUGGUAUGCUUGGCUCUACCAUUACUUCGGUUUUUCAGGGCCUUGAUUUUGUUGUUGAUGGUGGUGUAAGAUUGGCUCAGUCGUCCACUGUGGUCGACAUGACCAAAUUGCCUCCCAGAGUUCUACGGGAAGGAAAGGUAGCUAUCUAUCAUUUGAUAAUUCAGGGUACGAUUACAGACUGGAUGGUAUUGGAAGAUCAUUAGGAAACUGAUGUUGAUGAGGAUCUCAUCCCUGCUGCCAUUUGAAUGUUAAUCAUCUAAUUUGAUUGAUGAUUUAGCAUCCAAAACCAGUUAAAGCAUACCCACAAGGUGGAGAAUUUGAUGUAAAUAAAAAUAUAUACUUUUGUAAAUGUUGACAUAGUUGACCAUGUAAAGUAUGAUGUGGGUAAAGUUGGACCCUUUUUUUUUUUAUCAUUAUAACAAAGAAAAAUUGAA